AUGGGAUGUGGUGGGAUUCAUAUCCAUACAGUUUCUCCUGUCUUCCACCUUUCAACAGGAAUUGGGAUUGUAUCUUAUUUGAAACCAUUAAAUGCAUUGAUUGCUUUAAAAGAUUUCAAUGCUAAAUUAUUGGUUACUGGGGCCCCUCCAGAUUAUUUUGACAAAAAUGGCCAGAAUUGGGGGUUUCCUACUUAUAAUUGGGAGGAAAUGUCCAAAGACAACUAUGCUUGGUGGCGUGCUCGCCUUACACAGAUGGGAAAGUACUUUACAGCUUAUAGGAUAGACCACAUCUUAGGCUUCUUUAGAAUUUGGGAACUCCCAGACCAUUCUAUGACUGGUCUAAUUGGAAAGUUCCGUCCAUCUAUCCCUCUAAGCCAGGAAGAACUUGAAAGAGAGGGUAUAUGGGACUUUGAUCGAUUGGCACGCCCUUAUGUUCGAAAAGAGUUUUUAGAGGUAGAGAAAAAAUACCUUUGUGAUUCAAAUUAGUUUCUCAUGGAGAAUUUUGGACUUUUUGCAUUUUU